UUAUCUGUAAAUGAUUUAGAAGAUAGUCUUGAAUUAUCAUCAUCACCACAAGCUCAAAUGCAAAUUAAAAAAAAAAUUUCAACAACAUCAAAACCAUUUAAACCUACACUUGCAUUAAAUAAUAAUUCUUCACAUUUAACAUUUAAUAUGAAACCUGGUUUAUAUACAAAAUAUAAAUCUUAUUUACAACGUGAUAAAACAAUAUUAAAAAAACUUCAACCAACUAAUUCUCAGCAACGUCUCGAAACUGUUCAAAAUGCGCUAUUACGUCGAUUUUUUCUUGAAUUAACUCAAAGCUUUAUUAUACCACUUGAACGUUAUUUUAGUAGUCUUUUACCGUUACAAAAAUUGUAUCAAGCUAAUCGUGAACCACCUCUGAUAAAAGACUUUGAUAAAGAAGAAUUUCUUAAAACGAUUGAUCAAUAUGGUCCACAAUUAACUUCUGGUUUGAAAGGUGAUUGGAAAGACUUAUAUAAACAUUUUCUUUCAACACCUAAUUUUCGUCUUUGGCUAUUAAAUCGACAACAAGAAGCAAAUGCAAAAAUUUAUUCAUUAUAUAUUAAAACACUUGCUUAUUGUCAUUUAGAACAAGAUUUAAAUUUAUCACAAUUAAAAGAACUUGAAUUAAUUGAUUUAGUUAUUAAAUUUAGAGAUUUAAUUCAACGUAUCGAAAUAAAAAAUGAUGAAAGAUUACUAACACUUAAUCAAGUAGAUCGAAAUGAUUAUUUAGAAAAAUUAAAAAUGAAAAUGAAAUUAAUUAUCGAUGAAAAUUUACCUGAUGAUAUGAAAAUAUUAUUUAACAAAUCUAUUAAAAAUUCUUUAACUUAA